AUGUGUGGAAUUUUCGGUUAUGUCAACUUUUUAGUUGAUAAAUCAAGAGGUGAAAUUAUGGACACUCUUAUAGAUGGAUUACAAAGAUUAGAAUAUAGAGGAUAUGAUUCUGCUGGUAUUGCCGUUGAUGGUGAUGAUCAUUCUCCAGCAAUUAUUGUCAAGACUCCUGGAAAAGUUAAAGUUUUAAAACAAAAGAUUAUUGAUGAUGGUAUUGAUCGUACCACUAUAUUUGAUAAUCAUGUUGGAAUUGCUCAUACUAGAUGGGCAACUCAUGGUCCACCAAAAGUUGAAAAUUGUCAUCCUCAUAGAUCUGAUCCAACUGGUGAAUUUAUUGUUGUUCAUAAUGGUAUUAUUACCAAUUUUGCUGCAUUGAGAGAAUUAUUAUUAUCUAAAGGGUUUGUAUUUGAAUCCGAAACUGAUACUGAAUGUAUUGCUAAAUUAUUUAAACAUGUUUAUGAUUCUAAUAUUAAAGCUGGUAAUGAAAAUAUCGAUUUAAAUGAAUUGACUAAACAAGUUUUAUAUGAAUUGGAAGGUUCUUAUGGUUUAUUGGUUAAAUCUAUUCAUUAUCCUGGUGAAGUUUGUGGUACUAGAAAGGGUUCUCCAUUAUUAGUUGGGGUUAAAACUGAACGUAAAUUGAAAGUUGAUUUUGUUGAUGUUGAAUUUCCAGAAGCUAAUAAAGGUACUAGUACUCAAAAUGGAAAUGGUCGUCCAUCUCAUCAUCUUCCUCAACAAAAUGAAUUGGGAUUAUUACCAGUUGCACCAGGUGAACAAAAUUUAAGAACUUCUCAAUCAAGAGCUUUCUUAUCUGAAGAUAAUAUCCCCAUGCCAAUUGAAUUCUUUUUAAGUUCUGAUCCUGCAUCAGUUAUUCAACAUACUAAAAAAGUUUUAUUUUUAGAAGAUGAUGAUAUUGCUCAUAUAUAUGAUGGAGAAUUACAUAUACAUCGUGCCAGUACCAAGAAUGCUGGUGAAUCUACUGUUAGACCAAUUCAAACUUUAGAAAUGGAAUUGAAUGAAAUUAUGAAGGGUCCUUAUAAACAUUUUAUGCAAAAGGAAAUUUUUGAACAACCUGAUUCUACUUUUAAUACCAUGAGAGGUAGAAUUGAUUUUGAAAAUUGUGUUGUCACUUUGGGUGGAUUAAAAUCUUUUUUGCCUACUAUUAGAAGAUGUAGAAGAAUUAUUAUGAUUGCAUGUGGAACAUCAUAUCAUUCAUGUUUAGCCACCAGAUCAAUUUUUGAAGAAUUGACUGAAAUCCCCGUUUCAGUUGAAUUAGCUUCUGAUUUCUUGGAUCGUAGAUCUCCAGUUUUCAGAGAUGAUACUUGUGUAUUUGUAUCACAAUCUGGUGAAACUGCUGAUUCAAUUUUAGCUUUACAAUAUUGUUUAGAAAGAGGGGCAUUAACUGUUGGUAUUGUUAAUUCUGUUGGGUCUUCUAUGUCUCGACAAACUCACUGUGGGGUUCAUAUUAAUGCAGGACCUGAAAUUGGGGUUGCUUCUACUAAAGCUUAUACUUCACAAUAUAUUGCAUUAGUUAUGUUUGCACUUUCUUUAUCAAAUGAUUCNGCUUCUACUAAAGCUUAUACUUCACAAUAUAUUGCAUUAGUUAUGUUUGCACUUUCUUUAUCAAAUGAUUCAAAAUCAAGAACAGCAAGACAUGAAGAAAUUAUUAAAGGAUUACAAAAAAUCCCAGCACAAAUUAAAGAAGUUUUAAAAUUAGAACAAAGAAUUAAAGAUUUAUGUAAUGAUACUUUAAAUGAUCAAAAAUCUUUAUUAUUAUUAGGUAGAGGUUAUCAAUUUGCUACUGCAUUAGAAGGUGCAUUAAAGAUUAAAGAAAUUUCAUAUAUGCAUUCCGAAGGGGUUUUAGCUGGUGAAUUAAAACAUGGUGUAUUGGCAUUAGUUGAUAAUAAAUUACCAAUUAUUGCAUUUGCAACUAGAGAUUCUUUAUUCCCCAAAGUUAUGUCUGCUAUUGAACAAGUUAUUGCAAGAGAUGGUAGACCAAUUGUCAUUUGUAAUGAAGGGGAUGCAAUUCUUGAUAAUGAUAAAGUUCAUACUUCUUUAGAAGUUCCACAAACUGUUGAUUGUUUACAAGGAUUAUUGAAUGUUAUCCCAUUACAAUUAAUAAGUUACUGGUUGGCUGUUAAUAGAGGUAUUGAUGUCGAUUUCCCUCGUAAUUUGGCUAAAUCAGUUACCGUUGAAUAG